GUUGUGGCUGUGUAUGGGACGUUAUCAGAUUUGCUGUCUGUGGCGAGCAAUAAGCUUGGAAUAAAAGCAACCAGUGUUUACAACGGAAAAGGUGGACUCAUCGAUGAUAUCGCUCUGAUUAGGGAUGAUGAUGUUUUGUUUGUCUGUGAAGGGGAACCAUUCAUUGAUCCUCAGACUGAUGGGAGACCUCAGGAAGAGCUAACAGGGUCACACACAGAUUGGUUAACCCUCAAUGUUGGAGGCCGAUACUUCACCACUACACGGAGCACUUUGGUUAAUAAAGAACCUGACAGUAUGCUGGCCCACAUGUUUAAAGAUAAAGAUGCUUGGGGAAAUAAGCAAGAUCAUAGAGGAGCAUUCCUAAUUGACCGCAGUCCAGAGUAUUUUGAACCAAUUUUGAACUAUUUGCGUCACGGACAGCUCAUUGUAAAUGAUGGCAUUAAUUUGCUAGGUGUUUUGGAAGAAGCCAGGUUUUUUGGUAUCGAUUCACUAAUUGAACAUCUAGAAAUAGCUAUUAAGAAUUCACAGCCAGCUGAGGAUCAUUCUCCAAUAUCUCGAAAGGAGUUUGUCCGAUUCCUCAAGUCCGAGCUGCGAUGUCAGGGUCUCAAUUUCAGCGGAGCAGAUCUUUCACGUCUAGAUCUUCGAUACAUCAACUUCAAGAUGGCCAACCUGAGCCGUUGCAACCUGGCACAUGCCAACCUGUGCUGUGCAAAUCUCGAAAGAGCUGACCUCUCUGGAUCAGUGCUUGAUUGUGCAAACCUUCAAGGGGUAAAGAUGCUGUGUUCCAACGCAGAAGGAGCAUCUCUAAAAGGGUGCAAUUUUGAGGAUCCAUCAGGCCUUAAAGCUAAUUUGGAAGGUGCCAACCUGAAAGGUGUUGACAUGGAAGGCAGUCAAAUGACAGGAAUUAACCUAAGAGUUGCAACGCUGAAAAAUGCAAAGCUAAAAAACUGUAAUCUUAGAGGAGCAACUUUGGCAGGAACCGAUUUGGAAAAUUGUGAUCUGUCGGGUUGUGACCUACAAGAAGCCAAUUUGAGGGGAUCUAACGUAAAAGGAGCUAUCUUUGAAGAGAUGCUGACACCUUUGCACAUGUCUCAGAGCGUCAGAUAGGGAAGAGAACAUGCCGAAGAGGAAGGAAUCAAACCAUUUAUUGUGACUUUCUUCACCUCCUCCCCUUAUUAAGUUAAAAGUAAUGGUUAUUAGACAAC